UUGUGCUUAAGAUGAAUUAUGGUUUAUAAAGCAGGAUGCAUUUGGGAGCAUUUUCUGAGUAAACGGCGUGGAUUUUAAUAGAAAUCCUUCACAGGAACCUUUCAGAAUUAGUUUUGUGUUCACAUUUAGGCUCAUUCUAUGCACGACUAUAAAUGAAGCCCGUGGUUCUUCUGAAAACGUCUUGAUUUUCAGUUGUUUUAGCUCAUGUUAAUGCUGGUUUAGAUCAUCGUAAGUCUGGUUGGAGGGUUGCUGUCCGGACAGAGGGCCCUCGGGGCUCUAAGCGCUGCGGCUCUCGUCUGAAGCUCCUCUGCCGGGGACGAGGCGUCUCGACGGGACGAUAGGUAGCCCUGCUCUCUCUCUUUUCUCCUCUCAAUGAGGGACGGAGCUCAAUUAGCAUUUCACAAGUCCCUUUCUCCUUUUCUAUCGCACCCUUCCCCGCGGAGCCGCUGCUUUCUGCGGGAUUGUCCUGCUCCUGGCGCUGGUCUCCGUUGGCAGGGUGACAGUAUUCGAGUGAGCAAACUCCUGCUAUUGUCCUCCAGCCAGAGGGAGCCAUGGAGACCCACUAAUAUGACACAGGAAAGUGUUUGCUGAUGGCAAUUCUAUGGGCUUUGUCUAACUCUUUCUCUUUCAUGACGACUCGAUUUAAGUCUCCGAAUGUUUGACUACAAAUGUGAGAGUGCUCUCCGGCUCCUCCGCCUUUGUCCCGCGAGGUUUGAAUGAGUAAUUCAGCUUUUGUGUGGCUCGAUUGAGGGGGCAAACAGAGAGACAAGAUUCUUGAGCGCUCAAGCCCCCUCUCCAUGGUUAUGCGCACAUCUCCUCCCCUGAACCCGCUCCUGACAUCCCUGUAAGGCGAAGAGCGCAACUUCAGAUCGUCUUCUGGAAGUGAGGUGAAGCGCGGCUUCAGGGCCACGGGGCCCUCGCUCCAAACUCCGUCAAAUCACAAACAGACUGCAGCGAGCGCGGGAUGAUCAGGCCACCGUUUGUUUCCACUAAGAAAUAUUGCAUCUGCUGCUAUUUUCCCUCUCGGGGAUUUCCAUGACAACAGUGUGGGGUGGCAAAGAAUCCGACACCGGGAUCUCGGUGGCUCAUUGGGGAGCAUUGUGAGGAAAGUGAGGUCUCUGAUUGGCUCAGGAAAGCACCAUAACUACACCCAGUCUAUAGCCAUUCAGCUUCUUCGAGAGCUUGGGCUAUUACAGAGCUGGACCUCACUCUGGCUUUGCUUCGCCAGGUCUGAUGCGAAGCUGGAGUCAGUAUUGCGACUGUAGACUCUAGAGCUGGAGGUCCGAGCUUCACAGGAGUGCGUGAGGAUGUGCUGCUGAGGUCUGCGUGAUGGCGAGCUCCGACAGCGAGGUCAAGACGCUCCUGAACUUCGUCAAUCUGGCGUCGAGCGACAUCAAGGCGGCGCUGGAUCGAUCCGCGCCCUGCAGGCGCUCCGUGGACCACCGCAAAUACCUGCAGAAGCAGCUCAAGCGCUUCUCGCACCGCUACGCCAAGAUGCCCCGCUGCCACUCGCACAGAAACGGCGACUCGGCGCCCGCUAAACUCUCCGAGGAUCAAGCGCCGCCCGGGACCGGGACCGGGAGCGGGAGAGAGGAGCGUCUGAACGCGGAGGACGGAGCGCGGUCGGGACAGGGACAGGGACAGGGACAGGCUCCGAUGCCGAUGCGCAAGCGGCAGCUCCCGGCGUCCUUCUGGAAGGAGCCGCAGUCCUCAUCCGGGAGCCGCGAGCGUCUGGAGCGCUUCCUUCAGAGCGGACACGUCAGACCGCCCGCGGUGAAUGGCGAGAGAAGCACGACGGUGUUUGAAGACUUGAACGCAAACCCGCUGCUGUCCGGUCGCGCGGCGUGCGCGUGCUCGUGCUGCUCGCUCCCGUACCGCUUUCUGCUGCCUCACGCGGACGCGCCCCUCAGCAGCCGCGCGCAUGUGGUCAUCAAGCCGAUCCCCACCAAACCCUCCUCUUCCUCAUCUUCCUCCUCCUCCUCCGUGUUCAGCGUGUUCGGCUUCAUUUAGACACUGUAGCGAACUCCCC